AUGCUAUCCACCACUGCAAGUAGUAAAUUGAAAACCAAUAAAAUAUCGGAAGAUUCCGAUGGUCCAGAUCGUGAAGAAAUUGUACAAGAAAACACAUCGGGUGAUAAGGUCAGAGGUUAUGUUAAUCUUUACGAUGCAUCCUCAUCUUUCGGAGGACCCAGAGAUGUACGCUUUCGGUCUCGCGGACGUGUAUCGGAAUUUCGACACUCGCGCGGAUAUGGACGGAGUGGGACAAGAGGUCGAAGUUUCCCGCCUCGGGGUGAUAAAGAUGAAAAUUCCUUUAAAUAUAACGAAUCGCUAGCGUCUUCGAAUAAUGAAUCAUGGUCUCCAAGCAAUAGUAACAAAUUUUACGAGAGGUCUGAUCUGGUGGUUAAUUUACCUGAAGAUCCACGUAUAUCGAAGCUAUUACGGCGUUUGUGUGCUGAAGUUGAUGUGGAAAAGUCACUUGUCAUUUGCAGUAAACUACAAGAGGCUGUAAUGCUACCAGAAAAUGCCAGAUAUAUUCGAAGAUCUUAUGAUAUUCUUGUGGAGUCACUUUUGGAUGUGUUGUAUGAUGCUCCUGGUCCUGAAACAAAAGAGGGUGCCGCUACUGUAUUGGGCAGGAUUGGAUAUGUAAUGGGGCCCGAUUUCCGCAAACAUUUAGAUUGGAUUGCUUCCACUUAUGCUGCACACAACUCUUCUAUCAAACACAUGUUAACCCUGUCAUUUUUAGAAACUUAUCAGUUAGAUUUACAGAACCUUAAUUUGUCAGAAUUCACUGAUUUGACUUUAGAGAGACUACGAUCCAUAAUUGAAAGGACUGACUCUUCUGAUAUAUUUGUAGCUGCUAUAAAUGUAAUGGUAAUGGUUUCCAGUGCCUAUCCAGAAAAUUUUGCUAAUCACUUUGUGGAUACUGUUGAUAUUGUUGUAGGCUGGCAUGUAGAUAGCAGUCAACCAAAGAAAAUCAGGGAGUUUGCCUUACAAGCCCUGUUUAAAAUGAGUCGUCACUGGCAAGCAGAUGUUGGAUUUUCUAUCCAUUUGUUGAACCAGUUUAUUGAAGAUAUGGUGGCCUACUCCGGCUUAGAUGAUAAAAGUGUCAAAGAAGAAGAAUCCAGUGUCGAAGACUGCAUACAAAACAUUGCUUCAUUUCUCAAUGUGUUUAACACUGUGGUAAAGAGUUUGGGGACACUUUUAAACCCAACAUUGAAUCAAUCUGUAUCAUGGACCUUCUUAUCUGAUGCUUUGUCAAAAAUCUUACAGGUUUUAACUGAAGUGUUUAGACAAAAUGCAGAAUUAGAUUUGAUAUUAGCUGGCAAUGAGUGUGUAACACUUUUGUUGUCUUCAUUACAGUCAAAGUCAUAUUAUUGUGCAACUGCUUUGUUUUCCCUCAUAAAAAUGGAAGUGGAAAAUUACUUGCUAGUAGGUGAAGCAAUUUGUAUAAGCAUUGUAAGUCUUAUAUCAACAACUAUAAAAGAAAUAUCUUCAAACUUGCCUAUAGAAUUUAUAACUGAAAUAAUUGGACCAAAAUCACAAUUAAAGCACUUACGAUUCUCGAAUAAUGUCCAUGUUUUGAAAGGUAUUGUGAUGAUAUAUAGUAAUUUUUUAAAUUUAAAGAAUAUACCACUUCUUCAAGAAGCUUACAAGUAUGUAUUGUCAGACAUACAGAUUUCUCUUUCUGGCUUGGUAACAAAUGUACAGAUCAUUAAUGUGGACUACUCCGAGGAUUUGAGCAAAGAUGAUGCUGAAAGGAAUGUUAUAUUUUAUCUUCAAUGUUUAUCGGAUCUAGCAAAUGCAAGUAACUCAAUAAUUGGAAUGUGGGCGUUACAACCAAGCAUUCUUGAGUUGUUAUCUAUCAAAAUGAGUCCCCAUAAUGAAAUAUUAACAAAGGAAAGGCCAGCUUUACAGUAUUCUAUACUUUACCUUUUGUACUCUCAUUGUAAGAAAAAUAAUCACUUCAUUGCAUCAAGUGAUCUGGUGACAAAUGCUCAACAGAGAGCAAGUGAUUUGUUCAGCUUAUCAAAUCUAAGUUUGGGAGAUGUUUCUGGGACCAGCCCUACUUGUGGUCAUCUAGCAAUAAUUUUGCAAACGUUGAGUGUCAUUUUAGACGAGUGUGUACCUAAAGAGACUUUACUACUUGUUCUAAGUUGGGUAUCGGAUAUUUUUUGUCAAUUGGACAAUUAUCUACCCAUUGUCAGUCUGUCUAAGAGCUUCCUUGUACUCAUAACAAACAUGCUGGAUCUUGCUUACAAUUUUGAUGGGGACAUUGUACUGAGAGUCAUAACAAAUUGUCAUUAUUUAUUGAUGAAUAAGAGUCUAACUUGGAAUGUAAUGCUUUUAAAAUCUAUGGCUGUAAUCUCUCUAUUACAUAUCGAUAAUAAAAAUAAUGAUGUAGCAGGGCUGUGCAAAGAUGUACUAUUUCAACUGCCUUGGGAUAUAGUCCAACAAGAGUUAGAUAAACAAGUGGUAAAAGUUUUUGCAUGUCGGAAUAUAAGUUUAUGCAUGUUUAAAGGUGAUACAAAAUUUAAUGCACUGAAAGAAUUUUUAAUGAAAGGAUCUUAUGUAACUCUACCUAACCACCACUUUAAAUUAAUAAUUAACUGCCUUAUGGAAGUUGUUGAGGAUAAAUUCUUCUUAUUAGAAAUCUUUAACUCAGCUUGGCCUUUACAAGGGUCUGAUAAUGAGGAGAAAAAUCUACUGUUUUUUCGCCAAAGUGCCACAAAUUUUUGGUCAAUAUGCAUUAGCUGGGCACUUUCAGAAAUAGCUCAAACAUGUAUCUCACUAAAACUUCGGACACCUUUAGGAAAGCCUCAAGAAACAUUUACCAGAAUUGAAGGUGCUUUAAAAGGCAUAGCGAGAGAAAUAUCUGCACAGGACACAAAAUAUAUUGCAGUACAAAACAAACCUUUACUUGCUGUAGUGGUUGCAGAACAAACCAGGGCAAGAUGGUUUAUAGAGUUCAUGAUGUUUUUAGAAAAGUAUACAUACAAUGCUGCUGAAGGUACUGCUUCAGCAUUACCAGCAGUUUCAAAGCCUGUGAAAACAUUUUUUCAUACAAAUUGGCCAACAUGCAGAGAAUGGCAAACUAGAGUGCGACCAGCUGCUUUAGCAGUAAGUUUGUAUUCAGGUCACUACGGUGCCACUAUAUAUCAUGCCUCCUUAAUACUACAAAGUGCUGCCAAAUCUAAAAGUAAUAUUGAUAUUGAAGCUAUUGUUACAAGUUUAGCAAAAGCUCUAAUUAGAGUACAAGAACCGGAGGUGUUACUUGGAUUAUAUGUGUGGGUAAAAAAAACAUUUGACCUCAAAUUGUUGUGGCUAAAAGCAGCAGCUGAUCAAGCGAAUUCUAGAUAUGAAAUUGCAAUAGAAUGUUACAAGAAGUUACAGGACACGAAGAAAAAUGAAGAAGAUGCUCCUGCUUUAAAUCCAAACGAUGUUAGACUUACUAAAUUCAUUAGUGAAAAUAUUACAGAAAGUUACAAAAGUCUGCAAAGCUGGGAGGAAAUGAUCGACUGGCUGGAAAGUGAAACUAAGAAUAAUGAUAAAGAGUUGGAAAAAUAUAAUUCCUUACGAUUGUUUGAAGAUAACAUAGAAGUAAAUCUUUGCGAAUGGGGUGCUCUCGAUUUAAAAGCCACAGAAUUACCUAAACAUUCAUGUUCAUAUCAAGGUCUCAUAAAUCAAAUUGAUUCAACAUUAACAGCAACAGCUCUUAAUAUUUAUCAUAACGAUUACGAAGAAAAAUAUGAUCUAGUAAUUAAGGAAUGUAAAAAUAUCCUUAACUGCACAUCAGAAGAAUUUGCUAGGAACAAUUCAAUUAAUUUGCUUAAAGAAAUAGCAGUUGUACAGUUAGCAAGUCAUGGUUUACAGAGUUUGAAGAAUGGAAAAUCUGUGUCCAAUCCAUUUAAACCAUCAGUCAUUAAGGAAUAUAAAUAUGGGACUGAUAUCAACAAUCUAAAUAAAAUUCUAUGGUGGAAUCAAUAUUUUUUGAAGCUGAAUAUGAGUGAAGAAAAUACAUUCUAUAAUGAGUGUCUAAGACUGGAUGUGAUUAAAAGUGCAAGGAAGAAUGUUAAUUUACAAAUGGCAAAGAGAGAGUUACUUAAACACUUUAAAAAUAACACUUCUUUUCAAGUGAACUUAAAUAUCAACAAUUUAGAAGAUUUGUCUGAAAUUCUUAUUAUGUCGCCAAACAUUUAUGAACUCGAUAUUUGGACUAUUAAUAAUGCGAGUGCUUUAACGGAAUUGUGUAAAGUGACGUAUGCUACGGACGAAUCUAAGAUACUAGCGAUCAACUUAUGUGCCAGUAUUUCUUUAAGUUUUUCACAAAGAUUAGCCAUAGGCGAUCACAACUACGAACUUCGAGAGAAGGGCACGAGAAUGUUGUUGACAUUAUCCAAAUGGGUUCAAAAUGAAAGCGACGAUGUUUUAGAAAGUGACUCACCCUUGACAAAAUUAGUGUCAGCCCUUCCAGAGAUUGGAUUAGUUGACAACAAUAUAUCUGAAAAUGUUAUACCUAUAUCAGAUUCUGCUGUUGGAAAGCUCCUGCAGUUUGGUGUAAAUCAAUGUCCUGGGUUAGCUAAAGCUUGGGCUAGUUUUGCUGCAUGGUGCUUCAGGUGGGGGAGAAAAAUGGUUGAAUUUAGCUCCAAAACUGGUGAACAAUUAACAGAUAAUGAUAAAUUGCAAAUAGAAAGCGUUAUGAUUGGGUGUUCUGCUCAAGAUUUUGAAGCAGUCUGUGAAAUAUUAUCUAAAACAAAGGCCACAUGCGAUGAAGAUGAUAUCGAUUGGAAUGAAAUCAACACAUCAGAAAUGAUUGAAAAUCAGUUACGAACUGUACCCUCAUUAAAUAAUGCAUUCCCAGAACAUUUAGCGCUGCUAGUAGACAUUUGGCGUCAAGCACAAAAAAGAGUUUUUUCAUAUUUUGAAUUGUCCGCGGAUGCCUACUUUAAGUUUUUACAAUUAAUCUGUGCAUCAGAUUACAUAAACCAUAGUGGAGAAAAUGCGGUUGUAAAUGCCACUCUUCGGCUGUUACGACUCAUAGUAAAACACGCUAUGGAGUUACAGACUGUACUAGAAUCUGGUCUAGCAAAUACGCCUACACAGCCUUGGAAAGUAAUAAUUCCUCAAUUAUUUUCUAGACUAAAUCACCCUGAAACUUACGUAAGGAAAUGUGUAUCCGAUCUGCUUUGCCGUCUAGCUGAAGAUACACCACACCUUAUCACAUUUCCUGCUGUUGUUGGAGCUGUUGAGAAUGAGCAAAAUAGUAUAACAGAAUUGCACGUACCCAGAUCAUAUCUGUCGAAUGACGAUGUUGAUAGCGAUGAUGAUAAUCUUGAUAUAGAAGACAAUGUCAGUGAUAAAAUUAGUAAUAAUGAGUUAAACUCUUGUUUCUUGGAUAUGGUACAAACUCUGGCUAAACAGGCGCCUACAACUAUACUACAGGUAAAAUUAUUGGUUAAGGAGUUACAGAGAAUCAAUUUACUUUGGGACGAAUUAUGCUUAGGGACACUAGUACAACAUCAUUCUGAAUUUAAUAAACGCCUUUCCCAAUUAGAAAACGAAAUCACCAAAGUAAAAAAUAAUCCUAACUUAGCAGCGGAAGAAAAGGAAAAGCUAAUCAAAGAAAAACAUCGCAUUAUAUUUGAGCCAAUUGUUUUUGUUCUCGAACAGUUGCAACAAAUAACGUCGGUUAAACCAGAAACUCCUCAUGAAACUAUGUUUCAAACAAAAUUCCAACCGAGCAUUUUGGAAGUCAUUGAUAAAUUAAAAAACCCUGCGAAUCCUGAUAAGCCCCAAGAGUCUUGGGCACCUUUAAAACAGUUCCAAAUAAAGUUACAACAAAAAGUAAAUAAGCGUACAUCUUACAUUUUAAAGAUGUCCGAUAUCAGUCCGGUGCUUGCAGAAUUAAAAAACACUGUCAUUACUAUGCCUGGCUUGCAUACGAACCAAAGAACGGUCAGAAUAACAAUAAAAUCGAUUGAAAAUAAUGUCGCUAUAUUGCCAACGAAAACGCGACCAAAGAAACUAAUUUUUUAUGGUUCAGAUGGCAAAGCAUACACAUACCUUUUUAAGGGAUUAGAAGACUUGCACUUGGAUGAAAGAAUAAUGCAAUUAUUGUCCAUAACAAAUACGAUGCUGGCCCGAGAUUGUGAGAAUAAUGAUAACCAGACAUAUAGAGCGCGUCACUACUCGGUCAUACCUUUGGGACCACGUUCGGGCUUAAUUAGCUGGGUAGAUAAUGUCACUCCGUUAUUCGCUUUAUAUAAACGUUGGCAAAACAGGGAAGCUGCUGUUCUAACAGCAAAAACAAAUAAGACAGUAAACGUACUAAGACCGUCGGAGCUUUUUUAUAAAAAAUUGAAUCCGCUUUUAAAAGAUGCAGGAAUAUCAACGGAAAAUAGAAAAGAGUGGCCUGUUACCAUAUUGAAACAAGUGUUGGAGGCUCUAUCCGCUGAAACGCCGCGCGACUUAUUAUGGAGGGAACUUUGGUGUAGUAGUGUGACUCCAGAGCAGUGGUGGCAGAUGACUCGCCGUUACAGCUACUCCGUGGCGGUGAUGAGCACCAUUGGUUAUAUAAUCGGUUUGGGUGAUAGACAUUUAGAUAACGUGCUUGUAGACUUAACAACGGGUGAAGUAGUGCAUAUAGACUACAACGUGUGCUUUGAAAAAGGGAAAACGCUUCGUGUUCCGGAGAAAGUGCCUUUUAGGAUGACACCGAACCUACUGACCGCGCUUGGCGUUACUGGUGUUGAGAAAGAGUACUGUACGGGAACUUUCAUAUCUCGUACUAUAAAAGUACUUCUAGGACUCCUUUAUGUUUAUACAGAGGGCGGUUAUAAGCCAGCUCUUAUUAAUUCUUAA